AUGCAUUCUUAUACUUGUAAAAUAUGUGAUGUAAAUAGUUCAUUUUCACUUGCUUUUUUGAACACAAUACUUACAUUCUUUUCUCUUUCUUUUCUUUUUCUUUUUUAUACAUAUACAGAAGGUCAGUUAAUCCCGAAAUCGGUGGACCUUCAGCGUACCGUCAAUCGUUAUGCCCACAAGACCAGCCAAUAUGAGAUGCCAAAUCUUAUUCUGCGACGAGGUCAGCCGUUCGAGAUUCAUGUUGUUUUGGAUCGGAACUUUGUCCCGUCCGAAGAUACCAUUGUGCUUAAGUUCGUCACUGGGAGCCGUCCAUUGCAAAGUAAGGGCACCGUAGUGUCGGUGCAACGUGUGCAGGAAUUGAAACCGCAUCAAUGGGGUUACGAGAUAACCAGUAUCGAAGAGAAGAAAGUGGCCAUGCGCGUCAGUUCUGCCUCUGACAGCAUUGUUGGCCGCUAUCAGCUGUUCGUCGAUACGACCCAUCGAAAUCCUCAGGGCGAAAUCGAUAAGUAUCGAUAUAAAAACCCCGACGAUGUCUACAUACUGUUCAAUCCAUGGUGUCGAGCCGACGCUGUGUUCCUGGAAGACGAAGACGAACGACAACAUCAUGUACUAAGUGAAACUGGGAGAAUUUGGUUGGGGACUGUUGGAAAAUUCUGUGUUCGUCCUUGGAACUUUGCGCAAUUCGAUGAUGUGUGUCUUAUGGCAGCGUUGGCAUUGAUGGAUAAAUCUGAACUUGGUGACCAGGCACGAGGAAGCCCUACGUUGGUGGUUCGAGCCCUGUGCCGAGCAGUAAGUAAAAAUAAUUUGCUGGCUUUAUUUUUGUUGAUGCAAACACCGCAUUGUAAACUGAAAUCUUUUUACGCUAAAUCUGUCGAUAUAUAA